UAUUCCUCCAGGCAGCUUGUGCUGUCUGCAGUCCACUUCACACAGCUGAUCCUUUGGAGUAAAAGGCCAUAAUCCUUCGUCGUCGUGGGCUGCAUGCUCCGCCAUGGCUGCGGCGGCCUCGGACCGUGCUGAGGUCGACACUGCCCGCCCGUUCCGGUCCGUCAAGGAGGCGGUGGCCGUGUUCGGCGACCGCAUUCUCGUCGGCAACGGCCACUCCAGGCACAGCAGUAGCAGUGCGUCCGCCAUUGCCAUUGCCACCCCCAGCGCCAGUGCCAACAAUGCCACAGCUGGUGUUGCUGCCACCCUGCUGAGUGCCAAGCAUGAAGCGAGCAGCAGCAGCAGCAGCAGCACCAUGACCUUCUCCCCCACCCCAAUGGCCGAGAGCGAGGAGGCGGAGAUAAUGGCCGCCACCGUGCCCAUGUACUCGGCGCCAUCCUCCCCAACAUCGCUCGCGUCGACACCUUCUCCGGUCAUCAAGCCGUGCAGCGGGCGCGGCGGCGGCGACGACCACCGGCGCAACGACAACGAUGCGGCGAGCGGCGGUCUCGUGGUCGUCCGCUCCAUCCAGAAGCUGGAGGCGGACGUGGCGGAGACGCGGCAGGAGGUGGCGCAGCUGAGGAAACGCGGGAACGAGAUGGAGAUGGCGCUGGCGAGCCUCAGCGCGCAGCUCCACCGGGGCCUCUCGAAGCUCGCCGAGAUGGAGGCCGACAGGGCGGCGGCGGCGGCGGCCGCGGCGCGGCGCAGCAUCGGGGGCGACACCGACGUGGCGUCGUCGUUCACGCUCCGGAGCGAGCGGUGGGGCGGCGACAGCAGGCUCGCCGCGAGCGAGUACCUGCCGUCGUUCUCCCACGCGCUGAGCCUCGGCGAGGUGGACGACGUCGAGCUCAUGGGUAGCCGGAGGAGGAAGGCGCAGAAGGUGAAGCCCAUCGUGCCGCUCAUCGGCGACAUCCUCUUCUCCAGCUCCAGGAGGAAGAGCACCAAGCAGAAGGGUGACGAUGGCUUCUACAGUGGCGAUCUCUACGGCGUGCUAGGCUAGAGUAGGCUGAUGACCAGUGCCUUUGUGUGCAGUGUGCUCAUCUGUGUGCCAAUGGCAUGGCACUAGCAGCUUGCAUUGUGUGCACUUUUUUUUUUGUUAUUUUGCUUGGCUGUUUUUUCUCUUUUUCUGAUGUUCUUUGUUUGCGUGGCUUGUGCAGGGGGAGUUGCGUUUGUGUAAAUGUACAAACAUGUUGAUGUA